AUGCGUCCGAGGGCAAACACCAUCAGCCACGUUGACCAAAGCGCCAUGCAAAUGAUCGCUGCGGCCAACGCACAGGUAGCGCGGGGCCUGCCGCCUGGCACUCACAGCCGUCACCCCAGCCUCGCCGGGCUACCUGUGCACAACAUGGACUUUGGUGGCAUGUCGGCUGCCAUGGGCCAGCGAGGCAUGUCUCACGGCUUGCCAAAGCUCGAGACCCAUACCAUCAACAGCAUGGACUUUAGCGGCUUGCGGACCGCUCCUCCCAUGGCCGUGUUCAACCCGGACUUUGACUUCGAGGGGCUGUUGUUCGGUCCCGGCUCCACCAUCAACCCUAAUGCUCUCCACUAUAACGACUCGCCUCAAUCCAUGGCCUUGGACCAAGCCUCACCCUUCCAUGGCCUCAACAGCGACUUGUCGUCCACCCAGCUGGACGACAGCUUUGACUGGCUGACCGGAUUUGAGCACCAGAUGUCGUUCCAGGGUGCGGAGAACGCCGUAGACGGAUCCAGCCCGUCGGCCAUUAGCACCACCAGCCAGAGCGGCAUUAGCGAUGUCAUGGUAGACGGCUCGAACCACCCCGCCCCCGCCGGUACCAGCUCCAUGUGGCAGCCCGCCGUGAUGGGUCCUCCUCAGGUCCCGAACCCCUUCGCCAUGGACUUGAAUGGCUCCGUCUUUCCGGACCUGAUGAAUGGUGCCCCCGUGUCCCCCCAACCCGCUACCCAGAAACUCAAUGACGCAUACUUCUCGACCCCCCCUCCCUCUUUGAGCUCCUUGAGCCCUUCCAUGGUGCCGGGGCUCAACAACACUCAAAACCUGAACCAGGCACUCAAUUUCAACAAUGCAGGACCCGAGACCCCGUCGUCUCUUAGUGGUGGAAAUCAUGGCGUGUCGCCAGUCUCCACCAUUACGGAAACUACCAGGAGUGCCAUUGUUGGUGCCCUUUCCCAGUGCUCUCCAUUUGGUGGACGGAGAUACUCGUUUGCGACUCCAAGCUCCCCGCUGUCGCCUGGCUUUCAGAACACAGCCAACAGUGUUCCAGACCAUGUAAAGAAUUUACCUAGCACUCAAGACUUACAACGAUAUGUUGGCGCUUAUCUUCGUUACUUCCACCCACAUCUGCCGUUUUUGCACAUUCCCACUUUGACUUUUGAGAUGCCGCCCUCCGCUGCCAACCGAACCAACAGCGUCGGUGGGAGUGGGUGUCUCAUCCUUUCCAUGUCUGCCAUUGGAGCCUUGUACGAAAUGGACCACGUCCAGUCUCGAGACUUGUUUGAGAUGGCCAAAAAAAUGAUCCAACUGUACCUAGAAGAAAGGCGGAAAGCCGAUGUGAGGAAGGCAGACUUACGAAGAACUCCAGCAUCCGAGCCGAACUCUUACAGCCAGGAAUCUUCAAUCCACACCCCCGUCUGGCUCGUGCAGGCUAUGCUUCUUAAUGUCGUCUACGGCCAUAAUUGCGGAGAUAAGACAGCUAGCGAUAUUGCCUCAACCCAUUGUGCGGCUCUUGUCAGCCUGGCCCAAGCUGCUGACUUGCUGCGCCCCAUUCGCGUCGAGCCCAGCGAGACUCAUGAUACCCACAUGCAUGAUGACGCCACUUGGAGCGGCCUGAAGGCAGAUAGUGAAGAACAGGCUGAAUGGAUCCAGUGGAAGACUAUGGAGGAGCGCAAGCGCACGCUCUAUGUUGUCUUCAUCCUCUCUAGCCUUUUAGUUGCCGCCUACAACCAUACGCCUGCACUCACAAACUCUGAAAUUCUCCUCGAUUUGCCUUGCGAUGAGGACUUCUUCGCCGCCGAAAGCGCUACUGCAUUCGCGGCCAAGGGUGGCAUUCGCGCAGCCAACCACAACCGGAUGACCUUCCAUGAGGCCCUGGGUGAGCUGCUUAGGACCAAUGAGAAGCAACAGAAGCAGUUGGCCUUUAACAAUGCACAAGGGUUUGGACCUGGAGCCAACCCGAAUGAGCUUCCGAAGAGCAGCCUCAAACCAUCGACGUUUGGCUGCUUGAUUCUCAUCAACGCGCUGCACAACUACAUUUGGGAAACACGCCAACGUCAUCACAACAAGGUCUGGACCAACGAAGAAACUGAGAAAAUGCAUCGCCACAUCGAACCGGCUCUGAAGGCAUGGCAGGCUGCGUGGGCGAGCAAUCCGAAUCACAGCCUGGAGCGACCAAACCCGUUUGGCCUAGGCCCCUUGUCUGCCGAUGCGAUUCCACUUCUCGAUCUUGCCUACGUCCGGCUUUUCGUAAAUCUUGCCCGCUCAAAAGAAAAGUUUUGGCAGCGAGACUGGGACGCAAUGGCGGAGGAACUGUCCCGAGGCAGUGAAAUCGUACAGCAUGCGGAACAUUCGCCUGCCUCUAAUACUGAGUCAAACGGCACCGAUCCUUCCGACAAUUCUCUUUCCGGGUCGGUGUUUGCUGAGUCGCCAGCAACCCAAUCUUCGUCUCCCGAGUUCUCUACGGCCAAGUUCCCUCCACCCCAGCCAGCAGCUCAGCUCACGAACCGCUCCACGUCGCGCAGGGAGAAACAUCUCCGGAAGGCCGCUUUCUACGCCGCUGACUCCCUCGCCAUGUCUGACAAACUCGGUGUUACAUUUGCCGAGUUUUCCAGUCGAGAACUGCCUCUGCAGUCGGCCAUGUGCACUUUUGACUGCGCUCAAGUCUUGGCCGAAUGGGUUGCCACUCUCCAGGACCGCGUUGGGAGAUACUUGGGAAUCCUUGGCCAGGAUGAUGUGGACUUGGCACAAGUUCCUGCCAUUAUGCUUCUUGAAGACGAAGAUGUCAAGUUGCUUGGGAAAAUACAGGAAGUGUUGGCUUCUGCUGAAAUGAAGAUGAACCUGGAACUAGUCCAGGGCAAUGUCGCUGGAGUAGAAACCAGGAUGCAGAUGGACGACCAUGCGGGUUACGCGGCAAAGAUUUUGCGAGUCACGGCUUAUAUGCUUGAUAAAGCUGCUGUAUGGCCAGUAACCCAUCUCAUGGCUCGAUGCCUGGAAGCUCAUGCUACUCACAUGCGAGCCCGAGCUGAAAAGUCUGUCGUGAUGUGCGAGUAA